AUGCGACAACCUGAUCGGCGAAUGCGGGGCACUUCGGAGCCAGGUGAUUUGGAGGAUACCUCACUAGAUAGCGGGUCAAGAGAUGGAGUACACACCCACGGAUCGAGGAGGCAUAGGAACAACCGAACCUCCAGUUCAUUUUUCUUGGAACCAGCUGUAACACCUAUAAGGAGAUCGGAGUCUGGCUCUGAAGGGGCUGCCUUUCUGUCCCGAACAUCAGGAAGCCAGCGGAAGGGUAAAAGGACAAGCGAGGAGGCCGUGCUGGCUGUUCCGAAACGUUAUGCGACGGUUGAUCGCAGGCACAAUACUACACACUUAGUUGGAAGCUCACCGCUGGCCACUUCAGUGACUAAUACUAUAAACCAUGGGGACGUCUCUCACGAUGAGGCGCAAAUUCCUCCAUCAGGAUUUUCCUCCGCCAUUCCAUCUCUUGGAGCCCCGUCAUCUAUUGGUUUAGAUACAGAUCCAGCCCAGAUAGUCAACCUAGCGCUAAAUCUCAGCGAGUCGAGGAGAAGAAGUGCGUCUGGAAUAGUGUCUUCUGGUACGGUUCCAAGAAAUGCACGAGUGGUAUCGAGAGCUGAAAUACCGGGGGACAUUUAUCGAUUCCCUCUACAAAAUACGGAUGUUCCACGUGCCAGUCCGCAGGACCGAAGGAUCCCAAAUAUGUCAAUCUCCGUACAGGGCGUUGGCAGGCAUCCAUCAGUGGCUACGCGCCAUACUUCAUCUUCCUCCAUUGACAAAUUUUCUGGAUCUGCCAUGACGGGUACAAACUCGACGCAACAUGAAUUCAUGCCUUACGAGAUAUCGAGUGCUACACUUGCCAGAGCUGAAAAAGCUCGAAAACAUUUUGAGCUUUUGGCAGAAUAUUUACGUUUACUCCCACAUCUGCCCCCGCUACCUACUCUCAAUGAAACGUCCGUUACUACUGGGAACUCGUCGGUGUUAGAUCGAACAUCUGGGUCCCAAGGACGGGUAUACAAUCCCAUUCAAUACAUACGUAAUCGCAAGGUCAGAUUUCGCGAAAAAUGCCCCAUUGAUUCCGAGGCUGGAGGAUGGGAUAAUAUCGAUCAAGUACGAAGUUGGGUGGACGUAAUCGCAGGGUCAGAUGAAAAUCUCACACAUAGAGCCGAAGACCGAAUUUUGCUUCCUAAGUUUGAACCUGAUGACACCCCAGAUAAUCGGAUAAAAUCUGCUCCAGCGACAUCUAAUACUGCCCGAGUUCUUAGCGGAGGGGAUGGCAGCAAGCCCCGUAGGCCCCGGAUGGAUUGGAUUACUUCACCUGCAGACUUCCUAGCGGACGCUGCAUGGCUUGAAGAGGAUGGUAAUAAACUUAAAAUUGAAGACCGGGAUGGAAAUCGUCUCUUCCACCCCGAUACACCUUUACGACCGGUUCCUUUAACGGGUCCAGAGUCCCUCAGUGAACCUACCCCAACAACUGAAGACCGAAAUUUACGGCUGGUUGAAAGACUCCCACCACACGAGAAUCUACCUCAUUUCAUAUCCGUUUCUUCUCGUCAUCAUACGGGUGCGGAUCGCGGACGGCACGGACACAAGAUAACAGGUUCUGCCCAUCUUUCAUCUAGCGACCACUCAUCAAGAGAUGCCAGCAAAUCUAGAUGGCGAAAAGCGUUGUCACGUUCUUCUGUUUCGUUUAGCGAAUCUAGCAAUGACGAGCAUGAAACACGUCGAGGAAGAAGACAUUUUCCGCGACUCUCCAGGAGAUCCAUCGAAAAUGACAAUAUUAGCCUUUCAUCGCAGAAGAUUUCGGACCCAUCAAAUAAAACGACGUCAAGACAUAUACCCCUAGAUUCUAUGGCCGACGAUGUUGGUGACGUAAUAACUAAGGAUUAUACAGCAACUCCGAGAGAUAAAUUGCAACCAUCAUUCCGACCAUCUUUAGAUACCAAUUCUGGACGAGAGCAGCCCAUCUCACAAGCCCGCAGGUACGUCAGAUCAGCUUCAUCAUCUCUAGCCAGGAGUGAGCCCAGAAGGGAGGAUGUUUCGUUCGCUGGAACUGUUGACGGUAGCCCCGGUUCAGGGUUCAGUCAGCGCCAGGUCCCGGAUGUUACGCUUAGUGCCUCACCGCCGUCGCCAAGUAUAUCACCGUUGUUGCGCCUCGUUGGCACCAGGAAAUUUUCGACCGGCUCAGGUCGGAUAAAUGGUGAACUUGAGACAGCCCUAGCUGAUAAUAAUGCUUCUGGCUUAUCCCACAUUACGCACCUGGCUAGAACUGAUAUACCUCCGUUCAGCUCUGACACAAAGCUCUCCUCAUAUUCUGACGACAAAAUCAGCGCAGGUGAAGCCCAUCAUCCGGAGAGUCCGUCCAAAUGCUACAGAUCCCAAAAUCAACAAGAGUCAAAACUUCGGGGGAUAUUCAGAUCUGGAAGAUUGGCUGAGAUUGUUGGGAAUGAAGUUUCCAGAGUCGGCGAUUACAUUCGGAAAAAGGAUGGUUCAAGCCACUCGAGGCAGUCGUCAACCGCCUCGAGUGAGCUGUUUUCUGACCAUGUUGAUGCGAAUAGCUAUUCCUUAGACGAAAAGCGUAAGCAAAAGUCGUACGUGGCUCGAAUGCCUUCCGUCAGCGGUACUGUUGGUCUAUCAGGAAAGAAUCCCAAGAUAGAUGUCCUCAAAUACAAUACCCCCAAUCUCCCCGUUUUCGCCUCUCCAUUUAAGAAUGAUGAUCAGAGCGAAGUGCAGCAAAUGUCGGAAAUCGGAGUUCCCAUUCAGCCUAGUAUCGGUUCACGACGAGUCGAGGAUGACCUAGCGACUCCCAGCUAUGAUAACAACCUUCUGAAGCCAUCUGAACCUAAUUUCGACACUGAUAUAUAUGCCUCCCGAGAAGGGAACUACAGCAGCUCCGUGGCAUCGAACCUAGUGCUUGCUGAUACCGGAACAUCCUGUGAGAAUGGUAACUUCUGUCUCCAAGUCACUCGGGAUCGGCUUCCAGUCACCGGUCUUACCAACUUGACGGUAUUGCCUUCUGGCUCGAGGCGCCCCACAAUUUCAGAGGCAACACGAAACUGGAGUAUGUCAUCCCGCAGUAUCUCCCGUCCGCCUGUCAUCGAUAGACGAGAAAUUGCCCGCAUACGAGCCCAUCUACUCUCAGCGGGCAUAAAGGCUCUAGAAAUAUGCCGCCAAGCCGAAACUAUACGCGAUUCACCUCCGAUUCUUGUCAAUAACACUGAACUCGAACCUGAUGGUAACAUUCCCCGCGUCCCCCGUUCGGAAGAGGUGGCUACCGCAGCCAGAAAUCUCAUGUCCAGAUUUGAUCACGAAGUAAGCCUUGUUCAGCAAUCUAUGUCAAAAUUCUCUUCAACCACUUCUCCUGCACUGAGGUCGCAACUAGACAGCCUAGACACCUUUGUGACCUCCACACUUAGCCCUCGCAUUCGUGAAGUCACUGCCGAAGCUGAGAGGUUGACGAGCGAACUUGCUACGACAAAUACCCUCGCAUUGAAGCAGCUCAACGACUCCGUUGCCAACGGCUUGAGAAAACGGAGACGCAGAUUCCGAUGGGUGAGCCGCUUUGGCUUCGUCCUCUUGGAAUGGAUCCUUAUCGGGGCCAUGUGGUGGAUGUGGUUGAUUGUGAUGAUAUUUAAGAUUUUCCGGGGUGUGUGGAGGGGAACUGUUUCGGGCAUCAAGUGGAUUCUGUGGCUUUAG